GACUCGCCUAGGUUUCCCAGUAGCAGGAUCCCACAAAGGCGGCAGCCGGGCGGCUUUGGAGCAGACGGCUAGGCAUCCCGUGCUCCAGCGGAGGACCUGAACGUGUCGCCACCAUGCCCAACUUUUCUGGCAACUGGAAGAUCAUCCGAUCGGAAAACUUCGAGGACUUGCUCAAAGAGCUGGGGGUGAAUGUGAUGUUACGGAAGAUCGCGGUGGCCGCCGCCUCCAAACCCGCGGUGGAGAUCAAGCAGGAGGGAUCCAGUUUCUACAUCAAGACCUCCACCACCGUGCGCACCACGGAGAUUAACUUCAAGAUCGGGGAGGAGUUUGAAGAACAGACUGUAGAUGGGAGACCCUGUAAGAGCCUGGUGAAAUGGGAGGGCGAGAACAAGAUGGUGUGUGAGCAGCGGCUGCUGAAGGGGGAGGGCCCCAAGACCUCCUGGACCAGAGAACUGACCAACGAUGGAGAGCUGAUCCUGACCAUGACUGCGGAUGACGUUGUGUGCACCAGAGUCUACGUCCGGGAGUGAGGCCAAGUCCACCGGAUGACUUCUCCCGCGGCCUCUCCCGCCCUCCUGUAGGCUAGCUCGUCCCCCGCCCCAGCACUCCGAGGGUCUCUGCCUCCUUUGCCUCUUCUGUGCGCACAGAGAGGGAUGGACUGCCAGACCCAGACCCCUCCGCCACCGCCACUGCCCCUCCCCAGGCCAGCAGUCCCAGCCCCACAACAUUAGGGUCCCUCCUUGAGACAAAACCAGUCUCUUUGGUCUCUCCUCUUUGUUCCUGUAGCCUGUAUGGCUUAGAAUAUUUAUUUGUUAAUUUUAUAAAACGUUUUAAAAAGUG